AAUUGUGGUGUAAGCUUUCAGAGUGAUAGAAUGAAAUAGAUGACUUUUACAGUUGGAAGAAUGCAACAUCACCAGUGUUACUUUUACCAAUAAGAAACUUAACGCGAUUAUGUGUGUACGUGACGCCACGAUACUUUUUUUCUUCCCGGUUUACGCAUUGAAUAUGCGUAAGAAGGCGUAUAAGAAUGAAUAAGAAAUGAAUGAAAACUGCUCAGAAUGCUGAAUUGACAUACAGAAUAAAUAUGACACAGUGGAAGAUAUUUGAAUAAAGUAUACAUGCAUAUUUUAUUAUAUUGAGUAUAUUAUCUCGUGUCCAAUAGUGGUAUAAAAGUACGGGUCUCGUUUCAACCGAGAGCAUAUUAUACAUGGAUUAUGUAGCGCGUAUUAGGUUAUGUGAUAGCCAGUCUAUUUAGAUUUUGACAUUUUCUUUUUCACGUUUCAAUAAAUUGUUGGUACUUCUGUUUGAGAUAAAAAUUCUUGCUUUAGUUUUAUAGUUUUGUAUGAACAUUUUUAUUUCACACAACGUCCAUGCUUGAUGUGCGAAAGAAUACGUAUAGAAACAGUUCGUUAUUUUUCUGCAAAAGGAGGUUAUGAAUAAAUCAUUCUACUAUACUUAAUAUACGUAAAGAUGUCUUUCACUUUACAAAAAUAUGUUCAAUCGCUAUUUAAACGAAAUUUGUCGCGUAACUUCGUUGAUUCUACGCGCAUUAAAGAUAACAUUUCGCGACAAUUUAAUCAAAUAUCCAGCGCACGUUUUUUACGUUGCAAGAUUAAUACACCCAUCUCGGAAUCAUUUCGAACGAAUAUUGCUACGAAAUCAUUAUAUUGUGUCCCUCGAGCCACAUUUGUAACGAACAAAGAUGAAAGUCGGGAAUUGAUGGGCGUGUGGCCGGAUGUUGUUCGCGAUCUCACGGAAACUGGUCGAAAUUUGGAUAUACCCGACGUUACCAAAUGGACGGCAAAGGUACUACAAUAUAAUGUUCCUACAGGAAAAAAGAGUAGGGCAUUAGCUGUUGUACUUGCAUACAAAUUGUUAGUUCCUCAACAUGAUUUAACAGAAGAAAAUUUACGCUUAGCACGAAUUAUUGGUUGGUGCACAGAGCUGUUACAAGCAUUCUUGCUAAUAAAUGACGAUAUUCAAGAUCAGUCAAAAACUCGACGCGGUCAGCCAUGUUGGUACUUACAUGGUGAUAUUGGAUUAACAGCAGUUAAUGAUAGUAUGUUGCUGCAGGCAUGUUUAUAUCAACUCCUAAGAACACAUUUUAGGUCCAAAGAUUAUUACAUAAAUCUUAUAGAAUUAUUCCAAGAUACUACAUUAAAAACAGCAUAUGGUCAAUGUCUGGAUAUACUAUCAACAAACUUUGGAAAAAAACCAAAUCUAGAUCUCUUUACAAUGGAUCGAUAUAAUUCCAUUGUUAAAUACAAAACAGCUUACUAUACGUUUAUUCUGCCAGUUACAGCUGCUAUGUAUCAUGCUGGUAUUAAGGAUCCAGAGAUGUAUAGACAAGCAAAAACUAUUUUAUACGAAAUGGGUCACUUCUUUCAAGUUCAAGAUGACUAUUUAGAUUGUUAUGGUGACUCGGAAACUACUGGGAAACUUGGUACAGAUAUAGAAGUAGGAAAAUGUUCGUGGCUUAUCGUUGUAGCUUUGCAACGAGUUUCACAAGAACAAAAAAAGAUUUUAAAGGAGUGCUAUGGAGUGCCAGAUCCAGAAAAAGUGGAGCGCGUGAAACAACUUUACGAAGAAUUAGGUAUACGAAAUACCUAUUCCAUCUAUGAAGAAGAAACGUACAAUUUAUUACAUACACAUAUACAACAAAUAUCGCGUGGACUUCCACAUGAACUCUUUUUAAGGUUACUAGAAAAAACAUACCGCAGAGUGGCUUAAAAGAUUAACUACAACUACAUGAAUUGAAUCAAUAGACCCUUUUAUUUCCAAUUUCGCAAAAAAAAAAAAAACAUUUAGGAUGUAUGCUUUAUUCAGUACAAUUAUUUUGAAUAUAUAUUAUGAAUUUAUUGAUGAAGGCUGAAUAUGGACCAAUACUAAAUGCAUUUAUUUUUUAUUUUUUAAAGGAUCUAUCAUAGUAUAUUAUGUUCUUAAAAGUUGUUACGAUUAUUGUUGAAUAUAUGUAUGGCAUCAAUAGUAACAACAAAUAAUGUAUUAAUAAUUGUUAACUCCAUAUUAAGAAAAUAGGAUACUACAUGAUAUUUUGUAUGGUAUACACACAUUGUAUAAAUAUAUUUACAAAUAUUUAAUUGUU